AUGUUCCUAUUCCUUCACAGGCGCAAGCUUCUGUAUUUCUCGUUCAAUCCACGAAACCACGAUCGAAGUAAACUCCAAAGAGGAAGAAGUCGUAAUCGCCCUCGGAAGCAACGUUGGCAACCAGAUUCGAAACUUCGAACACGCCUUACAGCGCAUGAGAAAAUCCGGCAUCCAAAUAACUCGACACGCCUGUUUAUACGAGAGACAGAGCCCGCCUACGUAAUCCACCAACCCCAUUUCCUCAACUCCGCCGUUCGUGCCAACACAAAGCUCGGCCCGCUAAAGCUCUUACAAACCCUCAAAGACAUCGAACGAGACAUGGGCCAGACAGCUGGCAUCAGCCCAUUGACUGAUGUAUUGGUCCACGACACUGAGAAUGAUGACGUGGCACGAUUUUGGCACGACUCGUCGGGUUUUUUAGGCGGGAUUUUCGAGGCGUGGGAAAAAUGGGGCCCACGCGGAAUAAUGAGGAGGGUUUUGCCAGUCUCGAGUGGAUUAUGGGAUUGGUCUGAAAAAACAUGGGUUAUGGGUGACAGCUUUAGCGACGGGGGCAAAUUCGUCGACGUGAAAUCGGUCGUCGAUCGAGCGAAAUCAAUUUUGGCUGACGGUGCAGAUAUAAUCGAUAUAGGCGCGCAGUCAACUCGGCCAAUGGCGGAAAAGCUCUCUCCCAAGCAGGAACUAAGUCGACUCAUCCCGGUUCUUGAUGCAGUUAUGGAUUUGCCUGAAAUCGAGGGGAAGUUGAUAUCAGUCGACACUUUUUACUUGGAAGUCGCAUUGGGAAGCGGCCAAACACAGCGCUAA